AUGUUACUUCUAUGUAUUGCAAUACAUGUAGCUCUAGCAUUCGUAAUAUCGUGUCAAGGCCAACCGAAUUGUCAGCUGGGAUCAAACACUUAUACUUUUCACCAGUCAUGCUACAAAUUUGUGCAUGAACAUUUCAGUUGGCCAGAAGCUAUCACGUACUGUGCAACACUUGGAGGCGAACUUGUUCGAAUCGAGUCAGCCGCAGAGCACAACUUUUUGAUUCAAGUAGCAAAUCAAUUAAAAGCAAAUGACACCUCUUUCGAUGUAAAGGAGUACUGGAUUAACCUGUCAGACGCCCUUGUACAGGGAGAGUGGAUGUGGAUGGGAAACACAAGACUGAACGCACCGCAGGACUCCCCCAACAACGAGCUGGCUACGUACGUGAAGUGGGGUCCACAUCAACCAGACGACCACCCUAACGAGGACUGCGCGGGACUGUGGGCUGAGGGUGGAUUUCUGUACGGGGACUGGCCGUGUAGUGCACUACUGCACGCCAUUUGUGAGGACAGUCUGGGUCUAAUAGAGGAUUGAACAUAACACAGUAAAAACUAUGGACAUAUUUUAUGUACAUACUAACAUAAUAAAGUUCUAAUGAUUGAGACAGUCGAAGAUACCCUUCACUAAUUCCCUAUUC